AGGCAGAAGUAAACUACUCGAAUUCCAUUUCCCUCUCAAUUGCAAUUCCCUCUCUUGCUCUCAGCCUCUCACUCCUCUAACCCUAAAAACUCUACACCUCUUCCUCCACCUCCACCACGCCACCGCCACCGACGGCUGCUCCUCCAUCUCAGACAAACACUCGAACUCGGUGCUGCAACUGCUGCUGACUAAUUUCACUGUGGGCUGUGGGUUGUUCGAAUCCAAUCAAAGAAUCCCUAAAAAUCGAAAUUUUUGAUUUUGUUUAAGGUAUUUUCACUCUUUAUCCUAAAUCCUAAUAUUAAUCUUGUUCUAAUCUUUAAUCUUAGUGUUAAUCUUAAAUUCUUAAUCUUAAUUUCUUGUAAUGUGCUCUUUCGACCAUUGAAUUUGAUUACUAUCUUCAUCUUUGAUUAUAUAAUCUAAGUAAUAUGGAGCCAUUUAUUUAUCCAAAAUACUCCUACAAAAAGUUUUCUUUUAACCUGGGAACCAUUACAAUUCUAUAGACAAUCAAAAUGCAGAAAAAAAUAUGAUAAGCAAAAAAAAUUAGAUAUUGAAGUGGAAAGAAAGUACUCGAAAAAUUAAAUAACCUGUAACUUUGGGGCCAAGAAUAUUGCAAAUUCAAAAACAGUAGGAUUAUGCACCUUGAAUCCGUCAAAAUUCCAAAUGCUAUUGAAAAUUUGAACCAACAUUUGAAAAUGUUGAAAUUUUAGUAAUAAUUUUGUUAGAAUGUUGUUUCUUGAUUUUUUUUGUUUAUGUUGUUUGAGUGAUUGAAAAUUUGAUAAUGUUAAAUUGUUAAUGUGUUUGUAAUUUGAAUUUUAAAAAGUUGAAAUGUUCUUGAUUUUUUUGUAUAUCCUCUUUGAAUAUUUGUUAAUUGUUAUUUGUUAAUGUUAAAUUGUUAAUGUGUUUGUAAUUUGAAUUUUGAAAAGUUGAAAUGUUGUUCUUGAUUUUUUUGUAUAUCCUCUUAAAUUGUGGUUGUUUGAAUUUGAAGAGUUCAAUCAUGUCUAGUAGUGGGGCUAGUGGCUCUGAUUCAUGCAAUGUUAGUGGUGAUGCUACAAAUGAAGUGGGUAAUUUCGGUUCUUAUCCUUUGUGGAAAUAUGUUGUUAAAGGGGACAAAAUGAGUGGGGGUGGGGGUAAUUAUACUUGGCAAUGCAACUGUUGCAAACAAAUAAAGAGUGGUUCAUAUCUAGAAGAUUCUAUUUGUCUUGGCAUGGCGGAUCUUUCUCUUGAUGAGCCCGAGUUGAAAACUACUUUUGUAGCGGAGGAUGAUGAUGGAUGUCAUAUGGAUGAUGUGUGAUGAUCAAGCUUAAAUUUACCUAUUUAUUUGGUUUUCUUUGAUUUGGUUUGUAUGACUAUUUUUAAAUACUCAUGUUUAUUUGGUACUUAUUUGAAUUUUAUGUGAGUUUUAUGUUUUUAAAGUGUUUAUUUACAAAUAUCAAAUGAAAGAUUGUAAAAUUAUCUUUAAUUUGAUAUAUUUAUUAUAUUAACAUUUUCGUGUCCCCGUGUCCGCCAUUUUUAAGUUGGCGUUUUCCCGUACCCGUGUCGUGUCCGUGUCCGUGUCCGUUUUGGUGCAACCUUUAAUAAUCCCUCUUUCUCGUAUUCUCUCUUAGCAUUUGAUAAGGUUUGUAUGGCUACGUUUUAAUCUCAAAAGUGAAGUACUACUCUACAAAAAUAUCAGAAAGUGUCACAUAUAGUAAAAAAAUAAAGUGGGUUGAAAAUGUUGGAUACUAUACUAAUAUGGUUAGGCUUCUCAGGGAAUAUUGAUGGAUGGGCAUUUAACUCGAUAUGUGUGUUAUUUAUUGGUUACCCAGUAUCAGCAUGUUAAACAAAAUGACAAAAAAAGAUAGCUUAUCAUUGAUGGCGACGCUAGUAGGUGAUGCAGUUAGAAAAAAUGCUGGAAAACAUAAGAACAGGUGGAGUUGGUACACUCCUUUCAUGGCCGCAGCUUCUGAAGCCAUUUCUCAACGUAUCCCAGUUGUGGAUUUUGUUCUUGAUCUUCGAGAUGCACGUAUACCAUUAUCAUCAGAAUGUGAGAUAUUUAAGAGAUUAUCAUCUUCUUCCUCGUCUCGACGCAUCAUUGUUUUGAAUAAGGUGGAUUUGGUCAGCCGCUCCCAAGUCAAGGAAUGUUUAAGGCAUUUUGAAGGACAAAAAUUUCCAGUUUUCAGUGUGAAUUCACAUAAUAAAGAUAACAUUCAUGAGUUUCUAAACUUCCUGCAAGGCCAAGUCAGAGCUUUGAAGAAAGCAGAGCCUCAACGCCAUACCAUAACAAUGAUGUUGGUUGGAAUUCCUAAUGUUGGAAAAUCAGCUCUUGCAAAUUCAUUGCAUCAAAUUGGUCGGAUUAGUGCGACAGAAAAGGGAAGGUUAAAGCAUGCAGUAGUGAGUCCAUUGCCUGGUGAGACAAAGGAAAUCUCUGGUUUAAAGGUUGCAAGCCACCCUAAUAUUUAUGUCUUGGAUACCCCUGGCAUUUUACCUCCACAGAUAAUUGAUGUGAACGUCAAUGCCAAUUUCGCUUUAACAGAUUUGAAUUUGUUCGGGAAGAUAAAGAGGUUGAGUGCUAAAACGGGUUCCAUUUAUGUCUGCUCUUAUACACUCAUAGUUUUAUGGAUGCAAUGCACUAAGAUUCGACUGGUGGCUCAUAAUCUGAGAAAUAGUCUUUCUGAUGUAAAGUUUGGUGCAGGAGCUUUCACUGAUAGUUUAGCAGGAGAAAAAGUUCUUGCACAAUAUUUUCUCUCCGUCCUUAACUUGAGCAAUGAAUACCAGAAAUGGGAGAAGUUAUCUACUCCAGAACUUCUAGUUUCAGUAAAAGAUGAUAAUGUGGCAUCACAUUUUGGUAGCUCUGUAAACAGAGUUUUAAGUGCAGAAGACUCACUCGAUCAUACAAAGGAUUCUGUAGUACGCAAUGUCCGUAAAAGGCUGUUUGAAGCUGCAUCAUCCUUCAAAGGUAAUAUACAUAACCAAGAGGAAUUAUUGAGGCUUAUACAAACAGAAUUUAUAGUUUUGAAAAAGGCAUUUGCUUUGGCUUGCUGGUCGGAGGAGGAAAUGAAUCAUAAAGUUGCUGUAAAAUUACUUAAUCUUUUUCGAACAGGGAGGCUUGGUCAUUAUGUAUUAGACUCCAUACCCCAUACUUGAGAUCAACAUAGGACGGUUUAAACUUUAUCCAGGUCGAUGUAGAUUUGUCUCAAUGUAAAUUUUAAAAAACAGUUGAUUGUUGUUUUAAUAUAUCUCAUAAUUAUAAGUUGAUAAUCUAAUAUCAGUGUUAAAUGUUAUAUGUUUCUUAUUUUGGUGGACAAUUUAUAUGUGGGCAUGGAAACUAUGUGCCCGGCAUAUAUUGGCUUAUGUACGACUUAUGAGGUUUGGUUUGAAAAGUCAAAACGAACAUUUGAAGAGGAGAAGAAAAACUUGAAGUUUUGGAGCCUUUCAUUCAGGUGCCUUGAGUUGAGUUAGGUUACCUACAUAGAGUAUAACUAGAUAAACAUAUGAACUUCAUAAACUAAUAACUAAUAAUAGAUAUUAAUGUUAAAUGACUUAGUCAAUACCUCAUCAAGGGUCCUAAUAGCCAUGAUAUAUGUUUCAUCAUCAUCCUAACAUGUUACAAGGCUCCAUGAUUACCAGCUCGGAAUACUACUCCACAAAGCUUUGGCAAUUGAGAUUUAGUCUCAUGAGCGAACAUGGAAUGAAUGAGUUGAGGAAACAAAGUGCUUUGGCGGGAAGAAGCCUUACAGUCUCUACUUUUAUGAACAAUGAGCUAAUGAUAAGCAUAAGAGAGUAAGUUUAUGGUUGAUGUACACAACACUAUAUGUCCUUGUAAUUAUAUUCGUUUGGAACUAUGAAUUCCAUCAUGGAAGAACUUUUUAAGUAAUUACAACUAUUUGCUCACUUUCAUUAAUGGUCACUCAAGAAAUUUUUUUAUCAUUUCAAGACAAUGAUUAAGAUGAAGAUGGUAGCUAUUAGUCAACGGAUAUACAAAAUUUGAACCUAGGCUGAGGCUGUGUCUACGACAAUCUACUUGGUCAACCGAUCGACA